AUGAGCGCACGUUUUAUAACCGAAGGUGGAACGCCUAUAACGCCAGAACUUGCAACGGAACUCCGUCAGCUAGUGUUUGGCACUUCAUCGAUACCCAUGCGUGGUGAGUGGACACAAACGCCAUUCACAUUUGGAUCACCCAAAGAGGAGCUCUCCUAUGGACUACGUUCACCGCGCAAUGCCACACGUGGUCUGCUCUCCGUCGUACAGGGUUUUAUUUUGAAGUAUUUGCUCUUCGGUCGACGUGGUCGCACUAAUCAGGAUCCUUUAAUAUGCACUCCGGAUAUGCAAACAAAUGCGCUCAUAAAUGCGUUGGUCGAAAUUCUGCGACUGAUUUCUGAUAAAGGUAAAGUGACAAUGGUCUUGCCGUCACCGGAAGAUGAAGUUUUCGUUGAUCAUAGUGUGACAUUCUUCCAUGAUGGCGUGACUGAAAAGUUAUAUGUUUUCACGCUAUCCCCGCAUGAUGAGCUGGAAUUCUUUAUAAAGCGGCACUUGAAGUUGUUUACUGAAGAGGACUCACCUGGUACGUUGCUAUUUCUAUACAGCGCCGUAUUGACGCGUUCGAUGAGCAAAAUCCGCAACGAUCUUGAUUCAACAAGCAAAUCAGCGCCAUUGACAAUGACGAACAAUGAGGAGGGCUCCCUGAUGAUUGUAACCUUACUUUUGACUGGACGUGCCACGCCUUAUCUGCAUAAUGGUGUUGUAAAUGUAGGCGACGAGAAUACCUAUGCUAUACCACAAUAUGGAAUACUGAGUCGAUGUACAAUCGGUUUUUUACUCUGGGACAAUGAUAAUUCGCAGCCCUCCGUGGCGGCCUCCCGACAACCAGGUUCGCGCCUCAAAACACCCAACUACCCGAUUUGGAUUACCAGCUGUUGCGGUCACUUUGGUGUGCUUUUCAAUCGGAAUCCGGAACUUUUACGAAAUUAUCAUGCCGAGUCGCGGUUCGAUUUGAAUUAUUACAGCUGCUCUGGCCACAACAUUUUCAUGGCUAUCGAUAAUCGCGUGUACAAUGAGCAAGCCAUUGGCAUGUUGGAGCGGCAGGCGACCACAGAAAGUGCAGCAGCAGAGAGUGGUAGUACAGCAGCUGGCGUUGGGGGUGGUGGUGGCGGCGGUGUUGGUAGUGGUAAGAGCACUGCGAGUGGCGGUGACAGUGCCGAUUUGCUGGCACGUGAAGAAUUGACAACGAAUACGCCGUUACAACGUUUAAUUCACACCAAAUGGGAGGAGGCGCACAUACGUUUCAAUGUGCAGCCAUCCAUGCUGAGUUAUCUGUUUUGCACAACACCAUAAAAAGGAUGCGUGUGGUGUGUGAGUGUGUAUGUGUUUGCCGGAGCUUUGUAAGGCUGCGUAUGGAACACACGUGGCAGUUUGUAAAGUUCGUGAAAAAUGUUACAGUUAUGUCGAUUUCAUAAAUCGUUUGGAAUGCAGUGAAGUGUGCGACAGUGCAGCUGUGCUUUUCAGCUUGUUUUUUUUCCACCGCGCUUAAAUCACAGUUGUGAGUCACAAAAAUACCCACGACUCUCUUUCUUCUGCUACUGA